ACAGGUGUGAUCCAGGCAGGUGCCAUGACGGAACUCAAAGAGGUACAGAUAACGGAAGAGAAGCCACUUCUCCGGGCCCCUGAUCCGGGCAAGAAACACCAAGUGGAAACACCCUAUGGGAUUGUAACAAUCACCAUCCACGGGACACCCAAGCCGAAACGCCCAGCCAUCCUCACUUACCAUGAUGUUGGACAAAAUCAUCAUUCGUGCUACGACACCCUCUUCCACUUUGAGGACAUGCAAGAGAUCAUAAAGAACUUCGUGGUGAUCCAUGUGGACGCGCCUGGCAUGGAGGAGGGUGCCCCAGCCUUUCCUCUGGGGUAUCAGUAUCCUUCGCUGGAUCAGCUCGCUGACAUGAUCCCCUGCAUCUUACAAUACGUCAACUUCACCAGCAUCAUUGGAAUUGGAGUGGGGGCUGGCGCCUACGUUCUGGCGCGUUACAGUGUAACUCAUCCAAAAGGACUGAUGGGAAUUGUAGUCCAUAACAUCUGGAGUGCCAAAGGUUCUACUGAUCAUUCUUCUCGUUUUGGUCUACAGCUGACGGGCCUCACAUCUUCCAUCUCAGAGAUGAUUAUGGGACAUCUCUUCAGUACAGAGGAACUUUCCAAGAACACUGAGAUGGUGCAACAACAGAGGGACAUCUUGAGUCAUGCAACCAACUUGCCUAAUAUUCAACUCUACUGGAGCAGCUACAACAGCCGCAGAGAUCUGAGCUUGGAGCGUGGAGGAGACAUCACCUUCAAGUGUCCUGUGAUGUUGGUGGUGGGAGACCAGGCUCCUCAUGAAGAUGCUGUGGUGGAGUGCAACUCCAAGCUGGAUCCGACCCAGACUUCUUUCCUCAAGAUGGCAGAUUCAGGGGGACAACCUCAGCUGACCCAGCCUGGGAAACUGACGGAGGCCUUCAAAUACUUUGUACAAGGCAUGGGAUACAUGGCCAGUCCCUGCCUUGACGCGCCUGUCACCAUCACUUGUACCUUGCCUCUCUCUCGAGUGCACUUACUCAGGGGCGGGGAGCCGGUCCGCUCGCGCACCCUGUCCCAGAGCAGCGAGGCGGGGGCACCUCAGCCUCCGGCCCCCACCAUGGAGGUGUCCUGCUGAGCGCCAAGCCUGGGGACGAGACCGCCUCCCACCUCUGAACAGGACUUCUUCUGCUAUACCUACAAUGCACUCCGGCCACUGGGCCGUGUGACGAUCUCCCCUAACGGUACUAAACAUCCAGGGAGGCCCAGAUGGAAUGCAAUGUACUCUUCUCUCUCUUUUUCUCUCUCUCUCUUUUUUUUAAAAAAGCAAACCUUAACUCCCCCCCUUUACCUUUUCUUCUCAACCAACACAUACACACCUGCAGCUGUACAUAUCCCAAAUCCCUCUUCUCUCCCAUAACCGAAACCUCGUUCCAGCCCCCCACCCCGGUUUCCUUAGUGACCCUCAACACUUAGGGAGAUACGGAUGGAAUAUUAUCAGCUUUCUAAAUGAUUAAACUCUGAGCACUUAUUCUUAUUCUUCCUUUGUUCUCUGUCUCUUUGCUCUCUUUGUUCCCUUAAUGAGGGAGGUCUGGAUUGUUUGAUGUUUCUUUUCUUCUGUCUAAACCGUAACUAACCGUUGUCCCUCCCCCCUGAGUUCUGAGCGAUAAAUGUUCUUGGAGUUGUCAGGUUAGGGAUCGGCUUGCCUCGCUCGUUUUCUCCCUCUUUCCUCCUCCAGAAUGUACAGAGGCACAACUAGGACUUUUGGUAGAGGAAAACCUGAGCCCCAUAAGGCUGUCAGGUCAGAAUAGCCCUCCCAAAACAAGGGGGAUUCCUGAGACUUUCCUCCAUCCCCAUCUGGCCUGGUUGGUUUUAAUUCCUUUGUGGGGCUUAGGCAUAAUUUCAUUCCCUGCUCUUUUGCUCCAGAAGAACCACGACCCUCCCAUCUUUCCCCGACUUCCCCCUUCGUUGCGUUGAUUUUAUAGCCCUUACCACCCCAUUCACACAACACUGCUUUUGUCUUACGUCCCUAAAUCCAGUCCUCUUCCCGCACAAGGGCUGCAUUUCUUACCUGUUCUCCGUCCUGCUCCUCCCCCUCAAAACUAAUCCUUUGUAGAGCGUAGCCGCUUUGUGAUGUGCAUGUACGGUUUCCGCUAAGGCAGCGAGCGAUUUUUUUAGCGGUUAGGGGCUUUGGGGGUGGCUGGGUAAAGCUGAACUGGGGGGGAGGAGAUUUCUCUGGGGGAGGGGGGGGAUUGUUCCUCUGAUGAUGUUUGGGGGAACCACGGGGUGGGAGACGCUUGAGCCAGACUGAGCUGUCGCGACAGUGCCAGGUGCAGAUGGCAAAGGGCUACGGUGGUUUUGGCUUCGUGUAAGGAGAUGGGUGGAGGAAACUGUGAUUUUUCUUCUUUUUUUUUCCUUCUUUUUUUGUCAAAAAGUGCUGACUUUCAGUGGGUUCCGGCUGCUAGCUUUGAGCAGGGCUCUUGUGGUGCCGUGGAAGGUGAACGUUGGGUCAGCUUAUUACGUAAAAAAGGAUUUCAUCUACCAGUUCUUUGAUGUUAUUGUCUGUAUUUUAAAAAGGAAAAAAAAACCCACAUGCACACCUUUAAAUGUAUAGAUAGCAAUUCUUUUGGCCAUGUUACCAACUCAAAAUAAGGGGGGGGGGGGAAAUCUUUGGAUCAGCUGUAGUGAGAGUAAUCAGUAUGUAAACUUUUGAGAGAUACAGAACACUUCAUUGAACGGCAGAGGAGAAGAUUCUGUGUAACCCAAAAGCUGGAAUACUCCCACCCCGGAAGCCAAUGGUCCAAUUACAAAGUCACCUUACUUAUUCCUUAAACCUGAAUAGGUGCUGGGAGUUAAUGGCUCAGUGGCCUAUAUUAAAGGGGCAUUGUUUGAAUUGGGUUCCAGCUGGAAUUUUUAACUCUCGCAUGUAAUGGGAUCCUGUUGUAUUUGAGAAUGUGUGAGCUCUGUUUUUUUUUUCCCCCAGAGCAGUCGAUGGUGAAUUCCGACUCUAACAAUAAAGUCUCUAGAGGAAUGA